GGAGUCUGGGAGCGAUGGCGGCGCAGUGUGGAUUGUUUUGAGUCAACUUGCCGAAUCCAACGUAAUGGGAUUUUUAAGUCGAUCGCAAUUCAGGAGUUAGGUUGGGACAUUUUGGAGUGCUAGGAGAAGACAGCAGAUAUCCUCGUGGUAAAACGUCAAACAAGUUUUUUGCAAAACUCUUGUCGUUAGUUUUAAGCUGUCAAUGUAGGCUAUCCUACAGGUUGACCGUAAAGUUUUUAAAAAGUGUGUGAACUUACGUUAGCCUGAGUGGCUAGCUCAUCGUUUAUGUUGAAUCGUGCUAAAAUGUAUAUUUCAAUCACUUGGUUAUUCAUCAGAUUGUGGGAUAGCGGAGUUUGAUGGUAGGCUAAAGUUUGUGUCAUUGAUUGUGAGGGAAGACGUCUAAGUUAACGUUGUUGCGCUUCCGAACACGAAACCUCCGUUCAAUGGAUAAUUCUUCAUCAUGGCCUAGAAUUCUAAUGGUAAUAAUUUCAAAACCAGCAAGAUAACUAGUAUUAUGUCGGAAUGUAAAUACUACAUGACGUGAAAUGUAUCAUCCAUAAAAACUUGAUACAUUGAAUUUUAAGUCUUCGACUACGUUAUGUAUUUGGAGCACAGUCAUAUUUGUGUAUUUUUUUAGCGUUAGCAAACACUUGACGAUACAAUACAAAGACACAUUGCGACUCUAGAUAGGCUACGUGGAGGCAGAGGCCACCUGCCACCAGUCAUGUAGAUUUGCUGAUCUAUGUACCGUUUCUAUGAGAUUCAGUUUUUGUAGCAGCUAGCUUCUAGUCUUCUAGUUCCUGCCUUACUUUUGAAGCCAUAAUAUAAUAGCCACAGUGCUACAUUUAAUUACAAUUUGCACCAACAACUAAGCACCUUAUGGUGCGGCGACAGACACCGAGACAUGGAUCUUUCCAAGGGUGGUUUCCUAAACGGUGAAGGAGGGCCGAUCCAAAGUGGAGACCAUGCCUGGACAGAGUCCCCCACUGCCAGAACUUGGGCUCAUUCUGCGCCCUCAUGUCCUCGAUCUCUGUGGACGGCUGUCUACGACUAUGAACCUAGCGGAGAAGACGAGCUCAGCCUACGGCGUGGGGACGUGGUUGAGGUACUGUCCAAAGAUGCCGCAAUAUCUGGUGACGAAGGCUGGUGGACAGGCAAAAUCAACCACCGUGUUGGCAUCUUUCCUGCUAAUUAUGUUACCUUUCAGCCUGCCAUUUACAGACUUCCCGCCGGUGGCUCGGUGGGGGUGCGAGAGAAUGUCCCAAGUUCCCCCGUACAGAUCCCUUUUAGUGAACUAGUUUUAGAAGAAAUUAUCGGAGUUGGUGGUUUCGGUAAAGUUUACCGAGGAACAUGGAAUGACCAAGAGGUUGCUGUCAAAGCUGCUCGACAGGACCCCGAUGAAGACAUUACUGCAACUUCGAACAGUGUUAAACAAGAGGCAAAACUGUUUUCCAUGCUACAACACCCCACUAUCAUAAAGCUUGAAGGGGUAUGUUUAGAGGAGCCGAACUUGUGUCUUGUCAUGGAAUAUGCUCGUGGUGGAACAUUGAACCGGGCUUUGGCUGGUAGAAGGAUACCCCCGCACAUUCUUGUGAACUGGGCUGUUCAAAUUGCCAGAGGCAUGCACUAUCUUCAUGAAGAAGCAGUAGUCCCUAUCAUUCACAGAGACCUGAAAUCUAGCAACAUUUUAUUACUUGAAAAAAUCGAGAAUGACUACAUCGGCCGGAAGACUCUGAAGAUCACAGACUUCGGUCUGGCACGAGAGUGGCACAAAACCACGAAGAUGAGCGCCGCGGGCACCUACUCUUGGAUGGCACCAGAAGUCAUCAAGUCCUCGCUCUUCUCAAAGGGCAGUGAUGUCUGGAGUUAUGGGGUUCUGCUGUGGGAGCUGCUCACUGGGGAGGUUCCGUAUCGAGGGAUCGACGGCCUGGCGGUGGCCUAUGGCGUGGCCGUGAACAAACUCACCCUCCCUAUUCCCUCCACCUGCCCCGAGCCCUUUGCUAAGCUCAUGGAAGAAUGUUGGGAACAGGACCCCCACAUCCGUCCCUCUUUCUCUGCCAUCCUGGAGCAGCUGACGGCCAUCGAGGAGGCCGUGAUGGCCACCAUGCCCCAGGACUCCUUCCACUCCAUGCAGGAGGACUGGAGAGUGGAGAUCCAGGAGAUGUUUGACGAGCUGCGCACUAAGGAGAAGGAGCUGCGCUCGCGCGAGGAGGAGCUGACGCGAGCGGCGCUCCAGCAGAAGUCCCACGAGGAGCUGCUGAAGCGGCGGGAGCAGCAGCUGGCCGAGCGUGAGAUCAACGUGCUGGAGCGCGAGCUCAACAUCCUCAUCUUCCAGCUCAACAAGGACAAGCCCAACGUCAAGAAGAGGAAGGGCAAGUUCAGGCGCAGCCGACUCAAGCUCAAGGACGGCAACCGCAUCAGCCUCCCCUCAGACUUCCAGCACAAGAUCACCGUCCAGGCUUCGCCCUCCAUGGACAAGAGGAGGAGCCUGAACAGCACAAGCUCCAGCCCCCCCAGCAGCCCCACCAUGAUCCCUCGCCUGCGCGCCAUCCAGCUCAGCACACGCACUGAGACAGUCCGCAGGGACAGUAUGUAUGUGUACCACCAGGAUGUGGAUAUCACAAGCGAGUGCACUCCACCUAGUGGCUUUAGGAAGAAAGUGACCUUAGACGAGAGCAACAGGACAUGGGGGCGGAGCACCAUCUACAAGCCAGAGGAGUUUGAGGACGUGAAGAAGGGCUUCAAGAAGAAGGGCCGCACGUGGGGGCCCAGCUCCGUCCAGACCAAAGAGAGGGGGAACUGUGCUGAGAGUGAAGUUCCCUCUGGUAGAGUGCGGCCCCUCUCGGAUGGGAGCAACCCCUGGUCCACGAGCCUCCUGAAGUCCCAGAAGCCUGUGCCCCUCGCGGCUCUGUUUGCAGAGCAGGGCUCAGGUAAAGAGGAGGCCGGUCCCACUGACGGCCUGGAUGGCAAACCAAAGCAACUGAAGUUCCCCAAUCAGGUGUACAUCGAUCUACCUCUGUGGAAGGACGAGCAGGGUGAUGGCGGAGGAGGCACCUCGGGCGGCACGUCGGCGACCGAGAACCACGACGACGCGGCCACCUCGGCCAGCUCCACGGCCAGCACCACGCCGCAGCACACGCCCACCAACAGCCUGAAGCGCGCCACGGGCCGGCGGCGCCUGGACGCCAUCCUGCACAGCUGCGCCGCCCUGCUGGCCUCGGUGGCGCUGGGCUCGGACGUCAGAGCGCCGCCCCCCGCAGGCGAGGAGCCGGAGCCCCGCGAGGAGCGCAAGAAGCGCGAGGGCCUGUUCCAGCGCGCCACACGAUUCCGCCGGAGCACCAGCCCCCCCAGUGGUGGUGGAGGAGGAGGAGGAGGAGGAGGGGUGGGCCGCUCACGGAAAGAGGAGACUGCGGCGUCCUCCUCGCUGUCGUCGUCUUCGUCCUCCUCCUCCUCCUCCGGGCCCGUCAACCUGCUGUCCAUGUCGGUCAUCUCGGAGUGCAACUCCACCAAGUGCUUGCUGCAGUCCGACUCCGAGGGGCCCGAGCCCAGCCCAGUGAAGGAGGUUCCCCCUGUCAGUUUGGCCAAGAUGGACGCCGCUGCUCCCGAACACACGCCCAACUCACUGCUGAAGAGGAAAAAGAGCAACCCUGUGCUCACUCAGACAGCCAACGGGUCAUCCAGCAGCCACUUCCCUUCCACUGGCCCCCCCUCUACCACCAGCAACACCUCCUCGUCCCAGAAGAAGAAACCAGACCGCGAGCCACCUCCGGAGAAGCUGACCCAGCCCGAGCCGACGAUGGUCAUCUCCAGGCCGCGUCCGCUCUCCCUGCGUGGCCGGCCGCACGCCUGGGGCCUCCUGAAGGGCCGCAACAAGAGCUAUUCGCUGGGCCACAGCUCAGGCGAGAAGAGUGCGCAGAGCGUGGCUCAGAGCCUGGCGCUGGCCAGCGAGGUGAAGGUGGGCCGCUCGCUGCUGGACGUGGACACGGAGGGCCAGAAGCGAGACUGCACCGUCCCCCUCUGCCGCAUCCAGAGUGGACCCAACCGGACCUCGGUCUUUGAACUGGAGAAGGAGUUCCUCUCGUGAAGACACAAGCUGCUUCCGGCUGUUGCUCUGUCUCUGUCUAUCUGUCUGUCUGUCUGCGUGUCUGCUGUCCUCCCUUCAUGCCUCAGCGCAGUGGAGGGGUUGAGCUUACUGCCAGACAAUGGCCUCCCAGUAUGGAGAAAAGGCCUCACACGGUGCAAGACAGACUGUCCCAGAUAUGGAACACUCUGCCUCCUCUCUCCGUUUCAGCGGUCUGCCUCUCCCCCCGUUAGCCCCCUGGAGCACUAACUGACUGCCAUCUCGUAGCAUUCUCUCGUCAGAAUCACUGGAUCCCCCAACUGAUCCCCUGAUCAGUUUGGUUUUGGGUUUGUCAUUUGACCAUCUCCAUAUUGCCUGUACACUCAUCUGCAUUCAGGCCUUUGCUGCUGGAGUUCUCGUGUGGUACUUGUCCUUUUUUUUAAUUUUUUUUUUUAUUUAUAUCUGUAUCUUGUUGCUAGGUAAUUUAAUAUGGAAAAAAUACAUUUUUAAAUAGUAACUGAUGAAGUGAUCAACAUUCCAUUUUGGCAGGCAAAAUGGCCACUUACUUUCUCUAUCUUGUUUUGUUUGGACAUCAUAUGUCACAACCAAGAACUGGGCAUUAUGUAUGCACCACAUUAUCGAACAAACCUCCUUUUUUAUUCUUUACUACAGUGUUCAUGUUAUUUACAUUCUGCUAUAUGAGCAGCCAUGGUGCCCAGGAGCUGUGGUUGCCUGAGAGAGCAUUCGUUUGGCAAAGACAAACCAGCCUCAACAGUAACAGAAGGAUACCCAUUGGUAUGGCAGCUUAACAACUGAUUUAAGAUGCUUGUGAGCUUCCCCUCAGAUGUGGUCAAUGGCAGUAGAGUAGAGGACUACUACAAACUACACAUUCUAGUUAUGACUUAUGGACACCUUUUGAAAUGAUUUUGAUAAAAGCAUGCAAAAUCAAUCUAAAUCUUCAGAUUAGCAAUAUGAAUGUGAGAUUGGCUGAUAUUGGUUCUUUUUUUUGUGUGUGUGGCUUGUUUGUUGUCAUUAGUCUUGUCAGAGGCACUAUGUGAAGGGUACCACCUGUUUGCAAAAUAGCUGCACAUAAGAGUUCUGUUAGACAGGCAUCCUCUUUAGGUCAUUUGUUUUUACACACACACACACACACACACACACACACACACACACACACACACACACACACACACACACGUACAGUAAGGGUAGUUCUCUGAUGUGGAGAGUCCGUGAGAAGAAAGGGUGUUUUGGCAGUGGAAGCAGUUAGGCUUCCUCCAUUUUUGCUGUUUUUAUUUGUUCUGGUGGGUGGUUAGGUCUUGGCACCUUUGUAUCACAUGAUAUAUGUGCAUCUACUGUUGUUGUCUUGCACAUGAUAACAAUUGCACACAUUAACUGAACACACUGGAGUCUGUCCUGUCAUGACAAGCUUAUACUGUAAUUUCCCCAUUCAAAUGUCUUGAAAUAUUUUUUUAUGUUAACAAAUAUUUGUCUUUUUAAGUCAAAAACCUCAAUUUGGAUAUACUCAAUAGAAAAGAACAUUUUUGGCCGUUGCGCGAAGUUUCUGUUUAUAGAGCAUCAGAAGCCUGUGCAUGGUUACCACAGCUAUUAUUUACACAACUGAGUGACAUUGAAAUUAAUAGUAGAUUAGUGUCCUUAUCAAGUGCUCAGUAAACGUUGACUACAUUCCUGCCACUUCCUGAAUGUCACUGAUUGGCUAGUCACUGCCAUGACUUCUUCUCAGAAUGCUGCUCCAAGGCCCAAUCAGUAGUGCUAUUAUGUUUUCCUGUGUUGUCCCAAUGGCUGUAUUUAAGUGAUGGGAUUAGUAUUCUUGAGGUCCAUUAGUAAAAUUAUGGUAUGAGAUACAGAGGGACGUUGAAUGUUUAUUUGGGAUUGGAGUUUCCCAGACAUCCAUGUUUUUCCAUCAGAUUUCUGCAUCUACACAUGGUAAAAAAAAAAAAAACACUGAUUCACUGUAAAAUGCAUGGAUUAUGUUCCCAAGUUUUCCACAAUGUGAGACCAAUUGAUAAAAGCAGUUGCUUUUGAUAUCUAGUGUAAUGUUUAGUUUAAAGAAAUAACAUUUUCGGUAUGCUUUUGUGGGAAGCAACUGAUGCAAGCACCUCGACUCUUAAGACGGUACCUCUUUGAAGACUCAUGAAAUAAAGAAGUUUGACUAGGGUGCCUCACAUUUUCCUCAGACUUAAAGACUUUGUCGGUGGGAGACCCUUUCCAGUAUCCAGCCUCAGAGAUGAGAUCUAGUCGGAAGAGCACAAACCUGCCCACCCGUUGGGACCUCUCAUAGUGUUGGAGUGCCUUUUUGCUGAGCCUCUGAUGGACUGUGAUGGAAACAGGAAAUAGAUGAUGGAGGCCUUCCCUGAUUGGUUGGUUAUUGAAGGGACCAAACAACUGCUCUUGCAUUCCUGCAUUUUCACCAAAGCUUACUCCUAGGGCAAGGGAGAGAAUUUUUAAAACCAAGCCUUGGUUUCAUGAAAUUAUCUAAAAUGUCAAAUUGACAAAAAUGUGUAUUUCAUAGUUUUUUUUUUUUUUUAAUUUGUUACAUAGCUGAAACAUGUACAUAGCCUUACAUGUGAUUUUACCAGUAUUGUGUGUCAGAGGACACCCGAGCGUUAAUGAAUAGUUCAUGGAUAGUUAACAGAUCCCCAAUCCACGUUUUCAAGCAAUCUUUGAUCCUAGCACACCAAAAUGUGACCACAACAGCUAAAAAUUCAAUCUCACUAGAUAUGUUGUGGGUCAGGUGGGUUGUGUUGAAGCAAUUUUUUUGGCUAUUACCGGUCUUGUGUGUUUUUUUUAUGUAAUGUGACUACAUGCUCAUUCUGAAUGUAUGGUCAUUCUGAAAGAUAUAUUAGACACACUAUCUGUUACCAUCAAUGUGUACUUGUACUUCUGAAACAAUCACCUUUGAUGAAAAUUAAAUAUUUUUUGAUUGUUGAAUACACAUUUUUGAAAUCAGUGGCUGUGUUUUUACUUCACAAUAUAAUCUAUUUUGAUAAAUGGAUGAUUAGCAAAACUCCACAAGGUGAAUUGUUUUCAUAAGCCUGGUUGUCAAAUGACUGGAAAUUGUGAUAUUAUGAAUUGUAGAUUCUAUUUGAUGUCUGAACUUUCAGGGUGUUGUUUGCUUACAGAAAGCAACUUCAAUAAAGAUCCACAAUGUUUUUUGUUUUUUUUUC